UUGAGCAGGCUUCUCUUGCUAUCGCCUUUCGCCUUUUCACUCUUACAACAACGAAUCGUCCUCGAUCGAACUAGACCAACUGGUCGUCACAUACAAUCGUAUACCACAUACAACACAUACACCCACAGUUACCAUGUCUGCCGAUCUAUCUUGGGAACCCGAAUUCUGCCUUGCCUGCGACAGACAAACAGACGGCGCUACCUACUGCUCUGAAUCAUGCAGGCUAUCUGAUUUCGAGAAGACCUCGUCCACAACGAGCACACCAGCCGGUACCCCAGGCGUUGCUGCUCCAUGCUCAUACUGGCCUACCUCGAGGCAACAAUCCAAGUUCUACCUGCCUCCCGCCUACGACUUCAGCAAUGCUCAACCAUAUGGCUCAACACCUCUACCGCAAUCGUACCUGUCCCAACGUUCAGAAUCGUCCUCGUCCUCUUCCAACUCGACCCGGGUACUCACACCGUCGAGCUCCCACAGCAGCCUCUGCUCCCUCCGAAGCACCUCUUCCGCAGGCAGCGAAGGCACGCAACUUUCUGAUAAGGCUAAGAAGCAAUUGAGGGACUACGCCAGCUCGUUCGAGCACGCCCGCCUCCAACAACAACGACGACGAUCCUACUAAGCGAUAGGCCAAGCGAACGGACGUCGUUUCUACUUUUCAUGAACGAUCAGCACUCCACUUGUUAUACCAAUUAAAUACGU